GUCGACUGUCCAUCUCUUUUGUUGAUCUUCCUACCUACCUACCUACCUCAGAGAGGGCAAAGCGCGGACUUUUUCGUUCCAGGGAAAACAGAGCGUAAUUUGUGGUAAAUAUAUAGUUCAAUACGGACAAAAAUGGGUCAAGCUCAAAGUGAGGUGGCGGCGGAUCAAACUCAAAGCGAACAAUCAUCUGCAGCUUCCUCUGUUACACCGCGCAACUCUCAAGCUGCUACCUCCAUGGAGUCUCUUAUUGCAGAAGCGGUCGCCUAUGGCAAUGAAGCUGAUGAGUCUCUUGAUGCAAAGGCUCAGAAAGCAUUGGAAUGCCCUUGCAUAGCUGACUUGCGUAAUGGCCCUUGUGGGGUUCAGUUUUCAGAGGCGUUUCUCUGUUUUCUUAAGAGUACAGCAGAUGAGAAGGGCUCAGACUGUGUGCAUCCAUUUGUGGCUUUGCAAGAUUGUAUAAAAGCUAAUCCCAAUGCAUUUUCAGAAGACGUCUUAGAAGACGAUGAAGAUAGAAAAAAGGAAGAGCCAACCGAAGAAUACAAAAUCAACCCUCCCUCGUGGGCUAAGGACCGUCCAAGUUCAAAGUCCAAGCUUUAGAGGAAAUUUAAGAAGCUUCCUACUCUGAAUUCUUUUGGUAUGAAUAGAUACUUUAAAGGCUCAUUCAAUAACAAAUUCUACUCUUUUCUCGAAGAUGAGAAGAAUGCUUUAAAUCAUCCCGCGUAAUUGUAGCCUGUACUUUACGAUUUGGAUUUUUGAGAUGAAAUUAGUUGCACAUGUAACGCAAGCUAAAAAAUGCUUCCCAUUACCUUAUACUUGGAUGUUUGAGCAUGUUUGGUGAAUUGGAGUUCAUUGUCAUGAAAAGAAGUUGCUAAUCCAAGAUUCUGUUCAUUA